GAAACCGUAUCGCAUGACUUGUCUUGUCUGUCGUCGUGUCUCGAUUCCCCCCUCACCUCUAGACCUUUGUUUAAUCAAAACCCAACACUGGUCUCUCGUUCAGGCAACCGCGAUCCAUCGUUUCUCCCAUCUCGGUACACAUUCGUUUCGGUACGCCUCCCCCAUUCCCCCAUCUCUCCUGAUUUCCUGCGUCUCGUAACUGACGACGAACAACACCGGCCGUCCCCGCUUCUGCGACCACCGGCGGCGGCGGGACACGGAGGAGACCAGACAGUGCCCGAAGAGAAGAGUUGAUUUUCCUGUUCACGAACCUGAGGCGGUGAAAGAAAAAAAAAACAUGGGGUGCUGUUAUUAUCAGAUAGCGUUGGGAAGAGCACAGACGUCUCUAAUGGCGAAUUCGUGGGCCGUCGCGAGAGCAGAGCGGCGCCCCAUGGCUCCUCCUCCAGAUCUCCCCUUCGACCGUACCCUCUUGAGGGGCGGGUCUCCCGCCGCCUCUCGCCGCCGCGAUCUCGUCUUCGUCGUCAAUCCUCGAGGUGCGAAUGGUAAGACCUGGAAGGAGUGGAACAAACUGUUGCCUUAUCUCAGGUCUCGCCUCGGUGAACAUUGGAACAUAUGUGAAUCUUUCACCUCUGGUCCUUCUCAUGCGACUGACAUAACGAGGGAGUCUAUACGAGAGGGUGCUGAUGCUGUAAUUGCAGUUGGGGGCGAUGGAACUCUUCAUGAGGUAGUCAAUGGCUUCUUUUGGGCUGGAAAACCUAUCACCAAUCAAGAUACAGCGUCUGCUCGCUCCACUGCUCUUGGUCUAAUUCCCUUGGGCACAGGCUCUGAUUUCGCCAGAACAUUUGGCUGGAAAAAUGAUCCUUAUGAUGCUGUUGAACGCAUAGCCAAAGGGCAAAGAUCACAAAUAGAUGUUGGUGUCAUUGGGGGAGAAAAUGAAGAGCUUCAUUACUUUUUGAAUGUUGCGGACAUUCAUUUGAGUGCAAAAGCUGGUUACUAUGCUUCCAGAUACAAGCGAUUCGGAAACUUAUGUUACAUCUUUGGCGCAUUGCAAGCCUUUAUUGGGCACCGUAACCAAGAUUUUCGAAUCAAGGUGAAUGACAAUGAAUGGGAAAACUACCCUCAAGUGACAGCGCUCUGCAUAGGUAAUGCCAAAUUCUUUGGUGGUGGCAUGAAGAUUACACCAAAUGCUGAUCCUUGCAGUGGAAAUUUCGAGGUUGUAAUUCUUCAGGAUUUCAAGUGGUAUGACUUCAUCUUUAAACUGCAUCGGCUCUACAAUGGGACACAUUUGUCCGUAAAUAAUGUGUCUUCAAGAAGCGCGCUCUCAAUCGAAGUAGAAGAAAUGUCAGGCACUGGCAGCAUAUUUGUCCAAUCAGAUGGGGAACAUUUGGGGUUCCUACCUCGGAAAUUUCGUGUUUUACCUUCUGUUAUAGAGAUGAUUCACUGAAGUGGCGUCUUUACAAGACCGAAUCAGGUCAAAUAAUUUGCUUGAUUGCAUACAAGGGUGACAAAUUUUCACCAAGAACUCCUUGUUGGUCGGUUAACGUAAAUGCAAGAGGAGGCCAGAGCAGAGCUUUCUGAAGAGAGGGAUCAAUUCAUUACCGAAGCAUAUCGCCUCUGCUUUUGCUGGAUGUGUUUCGUACAUUCAUCUAGCAGGUCAAAGCCAUAGUUCUUUUCUGAUGAUCUUUUUCACCUUGUAUUAGUCUUUAGCGUUGUGCAUAAAGUUAGAGAGAUGGCCUGGAAAGGGACACGAGUAUGAUCUGCCACAGAAAAAGAACAAUUUUGAGAGGAUGUUGCUUUUUGUUCGGCAUCUUCAAAGUCCCAAGUGAAUGGUAUCCACCUUUUGC